CCCCGCUUCCCCCAAUUCCUUCUCAAGAAUCCCCUUAUUUUUAUUCUACUUCACAGAAACAAAAAGAGAGCCUAUUAUCACGCUUCUUUUCCUUCUUUCUCUUUUCUUUCUCACUGGCGACGAUCUCUUUUACUACCUCCAACCUACCUUAAUAAUCUAUCUUUCAAUGACUUGGCAAGAGCUACGCGGACAGCUCGUCGUCGGCAGCGUGGCGAUACUUACAACAUUUGUCGCAUACACUUCACAAAUCUUUGUGCUCUGGAACUUUUUAGGUGGCGCAACCCUGUCAACUUUAUUCAUCCUCAUCCCGUUCAACGUAUGUGUCGUUAUGAUUUACAUCAACUACUCCCUGGUGUGUCUGACUGAUCCAGGGACCGUGCCUGGCAACUGGAUGCCCGAUCCAAAAGAUAUCUGCAUCGAAGUCAAACGAUCGACACACGCUCCACGCUACUGCAAAACAUGCAACAACUACAAACCACCACGAACGCAUCACUGCAGCAGUUGCAAUCGUUGUGUGCUAAAAAUGGAUCACCAUUGUCCGUGGAUCAACAACUGUGUUGGCUUUGCCAACUAUGGCCACUUUAUCCGCUUUAUUGUCUAUGUCCUUGUCAGCUCCAUCUAUCUGUUCACCUUGUUAAGCUGCAGAUUGGCUCAAAUAAUCAGCGACAUGAACUCUCACAAUGUACUUCCAUCCAAUGUAGAAGCGGCAUUUCUAUCGAUCAAUCUCAUCUUGGCAGCCGCUGCCAUUGUCACUGUCGGCAUUCUGAGCGGCUAUCAUGUCUACUGCUUGACGACCAACACGACGACGAUUGAAGGAUGGGAAAAGGGCACCGCAUUGACGUUUAAAAGCCUGGACAAGAUCACCAGCGUUCGAUACCCUUACAACCUCGGUCUGUUUCGCAAUAUCUGUGCCGUGCUCGGAUCUCAGCCGAUUUUUUGGUUCUGGCCACAACGUAUGCGUGGCGACGGCUUGCAGUUUCCUGUACGGAAACAAGACGGCUCCUGGCAAGAAAUCAUUGACGACGAAGAAGAAGAAGAGGAAGAGGAAUUAGAGGAAGAAAUGCAAGAGGUUCAAGACGGUGACGAACAUAGUGUGAUUGACGACCAUCACCAUCACCAUGGCAACAAAAAGAAGAACAGUCAGCGUCGUCGUAUCCAUAGCAACAACAGUAGUUAUCAUGGCUAUGCAAAUAUCGAUGAUGUUGACGACGAUGAUGAUGAUGAACACUAUGACGACGACGAAGAAAAAGCGAUUGGACGAGGACGACGGCAUCAUCGUCAUCAUAAAAGUAUUCAAGAGGAAAUCUCCACGUUGGUUAUUAGUGCACCUCCUCGGGUCCAUACACGCGCAAGUACCAGCAGUUUCAAUCCUACUACGCCAGCCUCGGUAAUGACAUUUGCGUCGUCUUCCACGCUUGUCGACCACACUGCAAAGUUUCCGACAUGUUCCAAAGAGACAUUUGAAAUGUCUCAUCGGUGAUAAUGGAGAGGUGUUGUUCAUUCCGGGCUUACCCUCCCCCCCUAUAAUAAUUCCUUCUCUCCUCCACAUUUUCCUUAUCAUGAUCAUCCUCCUCCUCCGUCUCAAACGUCAUGCUCCAAGAAAAAAAAAGCCCAUAAACAUCUCCUCGAACAUAAGCCAUCCACUCGUAUAUCCGCCCGCCACCCUGCCCCGUUC